UUUGCAUUCAAAUAUCUCGUUCCGUUGAGAUCCCGGCCUCUGAGAGAAGUUCCCGCGAGAGUGAGGAGAAACUCUAACCCUAACCCUAACCCUAGGAGGAGUUCUCUUGGAUCCAUGGCGCACGAGGAGCUUCCGGUCCCGAUCUACUCCUCCCUGGAGCCGGUCUACGGCGAGGGAUCGCCGCUGGAGGAGGCGCAGAUCCGGUUCCAGACGCUCAAGGCCAAGUUUGUCGAGCUCUUUGGCCAGGAGCCGGAGCUCUACGCUCGAUCGCCGGGGAGGGUGAAUCUGAUAGGGGAGCACAUUGAUUACGAGGGGUACUCGGUGCUGCCGAUGGCGAUAAGGCAUGACACGAUCGUGGCGAUCAGGAAGCACGAUGCCGGGGAGCCGCAGAAGGUGCUCCGGAUUGGGAAUGUCAAUGGAAAGUAUUCCAUGUGUACUUACCCUGCGGAUCCUAAUCAAGCAAUUGAUUUGAAGAACCACAAGUGGGGACAUUAUUUUAUUUGCGGGUACAAAGGGUUUUACGAGUUUGCUAAAUCAAAAGGAAUAGAUGUUGGUGUACCUUUUGGCCUUGAUGUUGUUGUUGACGGGAUUGUUCCCACAGGGUCUGGGUUAUCAAGCUCUGCAGCAUUUGUUUGCUCUGCCACAAUUGCUAUAAUGGCUGUUUUCAGCAAGAAUUUCCCCAAGAAAGAAAUUGCUCAACUUACAUGUGAAUGUGAACGCCAUAUUGGAACGCAAUCUGGAGGCAUGGACCAGGCGAUCUCUGUCAUGGCCAAAACUGGAUUUGCUGAGUUAAUAGAUUUCAAUCCUAUCCGUGCAAGUGAUGUGCAAUUACCUGCUGGUGGUACUUUUGUAAUUGCGCAUUCGCUGGCAGAAUCUCAGAAGGCAGUGACAGCUGCAACAAAUUAUAAUAACCGUGUUGUAGAAUGCCGCUUGGCUGCCAUUGUUCUCGCCAUAAAGCUAGGAAUGAAACCAGCUGAAGCAAUCUCCAAUGUGAAGACUCUAUCUGAUGUUGAAGGGAUGUGUGUCAAAUUUGCUGAUAGCCAUGGAUAUUCUGAUCCUGGAGUGGCUGUUAAGGAACUACUGAAAGAGGAGCCUUACACUGCUGAAGAUGUCGAGAAGGUCACUGGAGAAAGUCUUACCACCAUUUUUGCAGACUCUCCAACUUCGUUAGAUGUUUUAAGAGCUGCUAAGCAUUUUAAGUUGUUUCAGCGUGCCUCCCAUGUUUACUCCGAGGCAAAGCGUGUUCAUGUAUUUAGGGACACCGUCUUAUCAAAACUCAGUGACGAGGACAUGCUUAAAAAACUUGGUGACCUGAUGAAUGAGAGCCACUAUAGUUGCAGUGUACUUUAUGAGUGCAGCUGCCCAGAAUUGGAGGAACUUGUAAAGAUUUGUCGGGACAAUGGAGCACUUGGUGCAAGACUUACAGGUGCUGGAUGGGGUGGCUGUGCAGUUGCUUUAGUUAAAGAAAGCCUUGUCCCUCAGUUCAUUCUUAAUUUAAAGGAAAAAUUCUACCACUUGAGGAUCGACAGGGGUGUCAUUAACAAGAAUGACCUUGGCCUUUAUGUAUUUGCAUCAAAGCCAUCGAGUGGUGCAGCAGUAUUGAAGUUUUAGAUUCUCUUUCUGAUUUUCAUGUUUUCCUUUCUCCCAAUAAGAAACUAACGGUGAUUGAUAUCUAAGCUCUCAUUUACCAGAAUAAAUACAAGUGCAACUGAUAACCUUCUGUACAUAGUAAUGUUGC